GCCACUGCCGCCCCCGCGGAGGGGACCCGCCCCUCGGGGGCGCCCUGCCGGCGGGGCCGCCCACCGCCGCGCCUCAGCGGGGAGGGGACAGCGGAGGGGCCGAGCCGGGAGCACCAGGCGCUGCUGGCGCUGCGGGGGUCGGGACGGGUUCGGCUGAGCGACGGGAACGGCUGUGAGGGGCGCGGCGGCCGGCCGUCCGUUCGUUCCCGCUCCCUGCCCGUCCCGGCGCUGUGGCUGUGUGUGUGGCCCGGUCGCUUCGUCGCUCGCCCCGUGUGGGUUUCGGGGGUCGCUGUUCUCCCCGGUCGCCCGCCAGGACCCCCCGGGCGGUGACGGGGGCUCUCCCAGCCAUGGCUUUCACCUUCGCCGCCUUCUGCUACAUGCUGUCGCUGGUCCUUUGCGCCGCCCUCAUCUUCUUCGCCAUCUGGCAUAUAAUCGCCUUUGAUGAACUUCGGACAGACUUCAAGAGCCCAAUAGAUCAGUGCAACCCAGCCCACGCAAGAGAGCGGCUGAGAAAUAUUGAGCGCAUUUGCUUCCUCCUGCGAAAGCUGGUGUUGCCGGAGUACUCUAUCCAUAGUCUUUUCUGCAUAAUGUUUUUGUGUGCUCAGGAGUGGCUCACACUGGGGUUAAAUGUUCCUUUGCUUUUUUAUCACUUCUGGAGAUAUUUUCGUUGCCCAGCAGAUAGUUCAGACCUAGCAUAUGAUCCACCUGCAGUCAUGAAUGCAGAUACCUUGAGUUACUGUCAAAAAGAGGCCUGGUGUAAGCUAGCUUUCUAUCUCCUUUCCUUCUUCUACUAUCUGUACUGCAUGAUCUACACUUUAGUGAGCUCUUAACUGAAAGAUCAUCAUUAAAGACUGACAACAACAAAGGCUGGAGGUGCAAGGAUGGGUGAGCCAAGUGAUGCAUGAUUAACAAAAAGGCAAGGAGAUGAAAACUUUGAUCCCAAGAAGUAAAUAAAGUAUGUGAAAGAGAGACCUAGCAAGAAACAGCAGAAUACGAUGGCAGAAUGUCUCACUUAACUGUGUUUAUCUCCUGUUUCUCAGUGCGUUGCAAAAAAUGACUUUCAAAACCCAAACACAGAAAAAAGAAAAAGGCAACAAGGUGGGCCACAUCACAGAACUAUUCACUUCUUCAGGGAUAAUGCUGCUCGGAUAAGUGGAUUCAUUAUAAACUAUAGCCCCUACUGUCUUCCAGGGAGCAAAAUUUCUUAAUGACAGUUCUGGACUGAGGAAGCAGAGGGCAAGAUCAUCUUGCAUGAAAAAUGGGCACCGACUGGAGUUCAGAUAAGAAGUGCGGCUGUUCUGCAGGGAUAUUCAUAUGAUACUAACCAAACGUGGAUGUUGGAUCUUGUGGAAUUGCUUCAGUAUUGAUUUUUUUUUUCCACCCAUAACAAUAAUAACAGAAGAAUUUGCAGUUGCUGUUUUCUAAUGAUAUGCUAUUCCUGUAGGUGAACAUCCAGUAUAUUUCUGUACUUAAUUUGUGAUGCACCAAUAACAUACAGUAAUAGUUAUAAAUACUUUGGCCUUGACCUAAUAGUGCCAGGCACGUAAGAGAAUCAUGUUCCUCUGACUGCAAAAAUAGGUAAAAGCUAUGUAUAUUAAGGAGGAUUGUAGUAUAGGUAUUAUAUUCAUCACAAUGCUGGAUAACAAUGCUGGAUACUGGGCCAGCUAAUUGUGGUCUGUAAUUCUGUUUUGCAGCUUUAUUUCUGCUGUCAAAUUUGAGCUGAAAUGAAUGCACAAAAUGUUUUUGUCUUGUAUGGGGUUUGUAUGGAAAGAUGCUUGUUUUUUUAAUAAUUUAAACAUUUUUAAAUUUUAUCAUAUAAUUCACAUAUAAUUCAUAUAUAUGGGCUGUAUAACUUUGUAUAUAUGAACCUACAAAUACACAUGUACAUAAAUACUCA